UCGAGCGACGUUAGGCCUCCAGCUCCGAGUGCACCGAGCCAUGAGCGAGCCGCCGGCCGACGUACGCGCCUUCCUGCGGGAGCAUCCGAGCCUGCGGCUGGAGCCCGGCGCCCGCAAGGUGAGGUGCGCUCUGACGGGCCACGAGCUGCCCUGCCGCCUGUCGGAGCUCCAGGUCUACACCCGCGGCAAGAAGUACCGGCGGCUGGUCCGCGCCUCCCCGGCCUUCGACUACGCUGAGUUCGAGCCGCACAUUGUGCCCAGCACCAAGAACCCGCACCAGCUGUUCUGCAAACUCACCCUGCGGCACAUCAACAAGUCCCCGGAGCACGUGCUGAGGCACAGCCAGGGCCGGCGGUACCGGAGGGCGCUGCAGAAAUACGAGGAGUGUCGGAAGCCCGGUGUGGAGGCCGUGCCCGCCUGCCGCCAGCACGGGAGCAGCGGGAGGGCAGACCGGCACGGGCCGCCCCGCCCUAGAGAAGCCUUCUGGGAGCCCGCGUCCAGCGAUGACGGCGCCGCCCCAAGUGACAGUGACGACAGCAUGACAGACCUGUACCCACCCGAGCUGUUCACCAAAAAGGACCUGGGAGGGACUGAGCACGGGGACAGCACCGACGACCUUCUGGCGGGGGAUGAGGACGAGAAGCCGAGACGCCGCGGAGAGAUGGGCCCCGGAGACAGCGGGGCUGUGGGCGCGGGCCGGGAGCAGGUCCUCGAGCGCGGGAAGAAGCAGUCCGGCUCGUUGAAAAAGAAGUCCAAGAGUCAUCACCGCAAACCUAAGAGUUUCAGCUCUUUCAAACAGUCAGGUUAAUGGAAAGUUGCUGGAGAAAACACAUCCGAAGAGCCUUUUGAGAACCCUCCCGGCAUCCAGGCCACGUUCCUCCUCGAGGUGCCUGCCGCGCGUCCUCCUAACUGCUGGGAUGUCUGUCCGCUCCUCGUUUGCUGCCCCAGAAGGCCGGGCCG